GGCGGAGAGUUGCAGCCGACAAUUGAGGACAAUUAUCGAGAGCGCAAUCUCCGGUUGGCUUUGUACCGUGCCAAAGAACGUGAAAAGGAACAGUUGUUGCACUCCUUUGGCACUAGUCCCUCUACAAUCACAUACAUCCUACCCCCAUAUGUUAAGUCACCGGUGUUACUGACUUUUCCUUACUCGUCCUGUCGCAGUAAUGAACUUGAAGACAACACCGGAUGGCACAGAAAAGGUUCGGUCCUUUCUGAGUCUGAAUCUCUGGCGUCAAGGACACCCAUGAGGAGUCAGUUUAGGGCAAGUCUCAGGUAG